AUGUCGGACGGAACAGGCAACCCGACAGAGCUGUUCUCUGUGAAGGGGAUGGUCGCACUGAUCACAGGUGGAGGAACAGGCAUCGGCCUCAUGAUGGCUCGGGCCAUUGCCGAUGCGGGCGCCGCCAAGGUCUACAUCGCUGGCAGACGCCUCGAGGUUCUCGAGUCGGCCGCCAAAACGAUCAACAAGCCUGAUGUAGUCAUCCCGCUCACCUGCGACGUGACCUCGCAGUCCUCGCUUACGUCGCUCGUCGAGGAGGUCGAGAAGCGAUCGGGCUACCUGAACCUACUCGUCUGCAACAGCGGUAUCGGCGGCCCCCAGGUCCCCUUCCCCUCUCCUGAGACCUCCCUGCAGGAAUUCCGCGAGAAGCACCUCGCCAUCCCGAUGGACCAGUACGACAAGACGUUCAGCGUCAACGUCACGGCGGUGUGGUACACCGCGAUGGCCUUUCUGGAGCUGCUGGACAAGGGCAACAAGAAGGGGAACCUGGACUGGGAGAGCCAGGUCCUUGUCACGAGCAGCAUCGCCGGCUUCAACAGAAGGGCACCCGGCGGAUGGGCUUACGGGCAGUCCAAGGCAGCUGCGACGCACUCGGCGAAGCAACUGGCCGGCAUCUUGCCCAAAUGGGGCAUCAGGGCAAACGCCUUGGCGCCAGGGCUGUUCCCAUCUGAGAUGUCAGCACCUAUUGUCGAGGCCAUGGGAGGUGAUGCCUCGAAAGGAGGUUUGAUUCCUCUUGACAAGAGCGUGGUCCCUCUUGGAAGGAUGGGUGAUGCACAGGACAUGGUCGGCACGGUGCUUUACCUCGUUUCGCGGGCUGGGGCAUACCUGAAUGGCAAUGUCACAGUUCUUGACGGAGGCAGGUUGGGCACGUUCCCUUCUACAUACUGA